CGACAGUAAAUGGAAAUGACAAACCAUCAACACUUUUAAAUCGAAAAUUAGAUAAUUACACAUUUCUUAUACACCUUUAGCUUUAGCAUCGAUAGAUUUCGGCACAACCAAGAGAUCACCGAACUUGCAAUUUCGAUGAUCCGGUGUCGGUCCUAAUCGCAGAAGCUACAGAGAGCAGUGGAAAUGUUUCUGCCGCCACGACUGUCAGCUGCUUCCAAUUGUGGGACAAGACCGACGCACAGACACCUCAGACCUAAAAGGACGCUCUUCGCUCUCUGGUGAUGAUGAUGGGAAAUGAGGCGACGAAGAGAACGACGCGAGGCAGGGGGCGAGCUCGAAUUUGUGGAGAAAGAAGAGAACUUUAUUGAGCUGGACAACCAGCAUAUCUAGCAACAUCAAUCCGACUCGCGAAAUCAUAAUAGCAAGGACGCUGUCGAGCAGAUUGGCUCUACUCUGAAACCUAGUCGUGGAAGGACGAAAAUCUGCCGAACCCUCAUCUAGAAUUGAAAGCAAAUGAAGCGUUCGUGUUCCGUGGCUGUCUAGAGAUUGAAGUAUGGUGAAGGGCGACGAUCAGCUAUUGCUUGUCAAGCUUACAGGCAUGUAGAAAGAUUGCAACUUGUACGAUUGGCUAGAAAUCACGUGCUCCUCGACUGCUCGUUCAGUAGUACCUGCGGAAGGGUCAGUGGAGGAAUACUGCAGCCAUCGGCAGAUACGAAUGGGCUGCACUUGACUUGCAAAUGAUAGUAAGGCGCUUGACUGGUCCCUUCGCCGAUACCUAACCAUGCUGCAUUUUCACGGUGAUCGCCGGAGAAAAGGGAAUUGGCGAAUGGCGAAUGAUGUCCUUCGUACGAGACCGCCUUCACCACGACCGAUCCUUGAACGGCUUGAAAAUCGCCGAACAAUGUUCCACCCCAGAUCUGGAACUUCUGAUCGCCCAGAGUGAUGGUAAAUUUCGUGUUCCGGGCCGAGCCGAUGGUGCCGGAGAGAGACAGAAUGUGGAAAGCGCCCACCAGGCACCUGCGGUUCUGCUCGAUGUCCACAAUCGACACUCGAGAUACGAAGCCCUUGGCUCCCACGACGAACAUGCCCCCGCCCUGCUGUACGAAUUUGCUCGCCAAUCGAGCCACGGACGCGAUCACGAAUUCUCCACGUGGAAUGUCCAAGAAAUGGAUGUUCAUUUCCCCGCGAUUGUCAUCUAAAUGAACGGGCGGUGCCGGCUUCGGUUUGUUCUUGGAGCCUUUGGGUCUGCCUCUGGGCUUGGCCUCCUGCUUUUCAAAGCUUAAUUGCUGCUCCACGUGCCCUUUGACAGCAGCAGCGUUAUCCAUCGUUCUCCACCCUGAACCCUAAUUUAAUAUGAAAAGCAGGCAAUACAGUGGCGAAGAGUGAAGGAAAGCGGAUGCGGACAAUAAAGAAGAACGCAAACUGGAGAAUCAAAAAAAAGAACGACAAAAUAUCGAAGCUCGGUCGGAGUAAUGUGAUGUUUUCGGGAACAGAAAUUGGGUCAAAAAUAAAAGGUUCCUCUGCGAGACAAAGAACAGAUCUUGAGAAAGACUGUUAGGGCCUGUAGAUUAGUAGUAUUUUCCUCGAAGGUAGUAUCUUUUGCGAAUCCUCGAUUCAUCAAUCGUCGUAGGGCGUAACUCCAACGCCCUGAUGUCACAUGUACGUAGAAUUA